AUGGUUUCUCCAAUCCUGAUUAGUGAUAAAUCUCCCGCUCAAGGUUCAUUUAUGCUAGGUUUGGAUCAAAAUGUCACCAACCAGCUUAUCCUCUGGUGGUGCGGGGAAGUCUACCAGACAAGUAAGCUUUGGCUAGUUGACCUAUUCAAUUCUUCUAAUUCUUGGACUCGUGGUAAGUACGAAUUCAGCUUCACUUCAAAUGAACAAGAAAUAUACUUCAGCUAUUCUCUUACUUCUGAGCAAACAUCUAAACUACUGGAAAUUCUAAUGGAUGCUAGAUUGUCUAUUCCAGAACUUGGUUUUGGUAUGGCUCGAAAAGUUCCUACGUGCAGGAGGGAUAUUUCCAGGCAAACUAUGAUUUUGACACCAGCUGAGAGAUCUGGGACAGGGAGGCAAAGUUUACAGAAGCUAAAUGGGAUGACAUCAAUUCACGCUGCUACAGAUAAUUUCUCAGCCACGAAUAAGCUGGGAGAGGGUGGUUUUGGUCCAGUUUAUAAGGGACAAUUACUGGAUGGGCAAGAAAUAGCAGUAAAGAGACUCGCAGGAAGAUCAGGACAAGGAAUAGAAUUUAUUAUAUACACUUCUUCUGGGGAUGAAACUUGGAAUCAACUUCCAAACUGCGCACAAAUGGUUUCUCCAAUCCUGAUUAGUGAUAAAUCUCCCGCUCAAGGUUCAUUUACGCUAGGUUUGGAUCAAAAUGUCACCAACCAGCUUAUCCUCUGGUGGNUGAGAAUCAACGCAGAUGGUGGACUUAUAAACGGCAGAGGGUUGUUUGUUUCUUGUACUAAAUAUGGAGGAUGUUGGAAAGAGAAGCAGCGGGAAGAGAUUUGUUUGGCCUGGAAUCGUACUAUUGAUUAUUGGCAUUUCAGACGGGGCUACAUGUUGGGAGAUGGAUUCAGUUUUAGUAAAAACAUGAACUUUUUAGAUUGUCAAGACAAAUGCAUCAAGAAUUGUUCUUGUGCGGCCUUUGCUCCGGCCGAACGUAACUUCACUGACUGUCAGAUUUGGAGUAGAGGAACAAAGUUUAGAAACCAAUUGGAGCACAAUGCACGGUUCAUACUCAUGCUUGACUUUCACGAUCAAGAAGGAACAGUAAAGAAGAUGAAGAAGCCACCAUGGUUAAUUAUUGAAAUAUUAGGAUCUCUAGCUGCUUUGCUGAAGAGAGGCGGAGGAUGUCAAUUCAUUUUUGCUUUAGGAGUAGCUUUAGUGCGACCUUUCUUGUGCUACUUGAGCUAUUUGAUGGCGAAAAAGCUUAAGACAAAAGUGCAAAGCGUAAAUAACAGAAAGAAACUGUUAAAAGAGCUUGCAAGUACUCUAUCACAUGCCCCAAAUUUUGGCAGACGGAGACGAAAAAGGAAGAAGGGCAUAGGCCAUGACUUGAGGAUAUUUGAUUUUCAGACCAUUGAAGUUGCUACAAACAAUUUCUCAACCGAAAAUAAGCUCGGAGAGGGCGGUUUUGGCCCGGUUUAUAAGGGAAAAUUAGUCGAUGGUGAAGAAAUAGCAGUAAAGAGACUCUCAAGAAGAUCAGCACAAGGAAUAAAGGAGUUCAAGAAUGAAGUUAAACUCGUUGCAAAGCUCCAGCACACUAAUCUUGUGAAGCUUUUAGGAUGUUCUCUUCAUGGAGAAGAAAGAAUUUUAGUUUAUGAGCACAUGUUUAACAAAAGCUUGGACUUCUUUAUUUUUGAUUCUAAUAGAAGAAAGCUAUUAAAUUGGAAGAAACGUUUCAGCAUAAUCGAAGGGAUCACUCAAGGACUUCUUUAUCUUCAUAAAUAUUCGAGAUUGAAAGUAAUUCAUAGAGACUUAAAAGCCAACAACAUUUUUCUUGAUAACAAAAUGAAUCCGCAAAUAUCUGAUUUCGGGAUGGCUAGAAUUUUCACAGAGAAUGAACCAAAAUCAUACACAAGCAUAAUUGUGGGAACACAUGGUUAUAUGUCUCCGGAGUAUGUCAUGAAUGGCAUUGUCUCAAUAAAAAAUGAUGUAUACAGCUUUGGAGUUUUACUUUUGGAAAUUGUUAGCAGUAAGAAGAACAAUGAUAUAUAUCAGCCGGAGCGCACACUCAACCUUGUAGGAUAUGCCUGGCAGCUGUGGAAUGAUGGUAAAGCUUUGGAGCUAAUCGACUCGGAAAUACUUGAUGGACCAAGCUCUCCUGGUGAAGUCCUGAGAUGCAUUCAUGUGGGUCUUUUGUGUGCGCAAGACCAAGCAACAGAUAGACCCACAAUGAGCAAAGUUGUUUCCAUGCUUACACCUGAAGCCAAGCCCUUUCCUGCCCCAAAACAACCAGCAUUUUUUGUCAAUGUUAGCUCUGCUGAGCCUGCAGUUUCUGAAAAUAAGUCAAAAAUUUGUUCCGUAAAUGAGAUUACAAUUUCAAUCAUGGAACCAAGAUAA